AGAAAUGAGGAGUGACACCUAUUUCAUUUACAAUGCCAUAUUUAUCGUUUUUUUAUUCAAUAAAAUUUAUUGACAGUGCAUUAGGAAAGUAACAUAAGUUUAUAUUUGGAUAAAUCUGGGCCAUGGGAUCUGCGAAUAGUCAUUUCACGAAAGAUGAGCUCCAAGAAUAUUCUGAACUGACGUUUUUUACCAAGCAAGAAGUUUUACAUGUAUUUGAAAAGUUUGUUGAACUUGACCAAGACAAUGUGAAUAAUGACAAACUUUGUCGAGUAUCCAUGGAGAAAGUUUGUCAAAUGCCUGAACUUAAAGUCAAUCCAUUUAAUGAUCGAAUAUGCCGAAUUUUUUCAACCUCUCAAAACUUUGACGGAAGUUUGUCAUUUGAGGAUUUCUUAGACAUGAUGAGCGUGUUUAGCGAUCAGGCUCCUAAGGGUCUGAAGGUGGAAUAUGCCUUUAAAGUUUAUGAUUUUAAUGAGGAUGAUUUGCUUGAUGCUGAAGACAUAGAAAUGGUUGUAAGUCGACUGACUGGGUAUGCUGGUUCACUAAAGGAUGACGAGAUGCAACAACUUUUAAAAAAUAUAAUGCAAGAAGCAGACCUGGAUAAUGAUGACCAAUUAUCUUACGCAGAAUUCGAACAUGUUAUCUCAAAGUCUCCUGAUUUUCUUAACUCAUUUAGAAUUCGUCUUUGAAAAGAACAAAGUGAUUGAAAGAAAAAAUGGAUGAAUUGAAAAGAUAUACUUCAUAUCAUCAUUCAUAGAAAUUAUAACAUUAAGUAUGUUGUAGUUUUGUAACAGUAAAUCCUCACGUUAUGAGUGCCUUUAGAUUGUUUCAUUAGUUUUAUUUUUUCACUUUCAAAUUUCCACACUUCCAGUCUAAAGUGUACAUGAUAGUCUCAUAACUUUUCAUUCUUCAAAUGCAGUUCAUUCCAACGUGCAGUUUUUGUAUUCUUUAUAUAUACAUAUUAUAAACGUGCCUUAGCUGUAACUAUAACUCAAUGCUUUAAUGUCUUUGCUACAAACAACAUACACAAUAAUAGUUUCCACGACCACUUCCCUUGUUGACCACAAAAAUAUUAUUUUUUGCACUUUUACAGGUAUUUUUUUUUUGCACAGUCAUACUUACAUAUGAUAUGUAGCAUUUAUUUCUUAUCGUAAUGACCAAAUAUUUUAGAAUUGUUAUCAGAAAAUUCGCUCAGAUAAAUUUUUAUUGCAGUUAAAAAAUUGUAAUGCAGUACUUUUGUUGUUAUUAUUUGCUGCUUUUAACUUUAGUUUCUCAGUUCCUUUUUAUACAUUUUUUGGUAAACACCAAGCGCCAAUCUAUGUGGUAGAGAUAUACAUGCCUUAUUCGUGUCGAUUUUUGAAACAUGUGACCAGCUAAACUU